AUGUCUUCAGGAUCCAAUGGUGCCAGGCGCAUAGCCUCAAUAUUGCGGCCCUCAAUCGCCGAACAGCGAGUUUGCAGAAGCUGUCAAGAGACACUUGGCCGCCGCAGUUAUGCCUCCGCCGCAACCCCAAUCUCGCCAGCACCCCCUUCCUCGAAUUCAAAUACGUUCCCCGUCGUGAAUCCUACCUACACCAUUAAUGCAGGCGUGCUCCUAUCCCGCCCACCCCAGAUCACACGCGACCUCACCGAUUUCGAGAAAGCAUACUACUUCUACCAGAAACGGCUGAACGAGCGCCAGGCACUUCCGUUUACGAAAUACUUCUACUUUAAGCGCGGAACGCCCGUUGACGAAGACUGGAAGCGUAAGAUCCGUGAGCGCCAGACGCCUGCUCGUGAUAUCGGCAAAUAUAAUGCGUACUCGAAGGAGGCGUGGAACGAUGAACUCCUUGUCGGAUCACCUGAGUCGGAACCGGCCAAUGUUGUCGAAACGUUAAUUUCUGAUGCUGAGAGCACAGCCAACAACACUUCCCAAGAUACUAGCAAGAAAGAAGAGAUCCCUCGACCGCACCCCCGGGUAACAGAGGCCGAUCAGAAGGGUGACACCAGGAGCCUCAACCGGGCUCUUCAGAGGACUCUUUACUUGCUCGUCCAGUCCAAAGAGGGAUACUGGAAGCUCCCUAGCUCCCCUGUCGCCACAGAUGAAACUCUCCGAUUGGCCGCUGAACGUACCCUCGAACAAUCCGCUGGUGUGAACAUGAACACUUUCAUGGUGGGAUACCACCCUGUUGGCCACUACGUCUACAACGCUCGGAAGCCGAAGACCGACGAGGCAACUGGAGUCACCAUUGGCGGCGAGAAGACCUUCUUCCUGAAAGGACGCAUUAUGGGCGGCCAAGCGGAUCUUUCUGCCAACGCGCAAAACCUUCAGGACUUCAAAUGGCUUGCCAAGGAGGAGCUCAAGAAGUUCCUGCUUCCACAGUACUACGCCAGCGUCAAGAACAUGCUCGCUGAGCGGUAA